AUGGCUUGGUGUAGUUGGAACCAAAGGCUCCUUUUGCCUGUCAAAGGUUCUGGUGUUCCUAGCUGUCAAAUGCUUCAGACUGGCUACAUCUUAAUUGCUUUCCUUCUCUUACCACUUUCCACCUCCUCUGGCUGCCCAGCUGUUUGCAGCUGCUCCUCGGGGGAGGUGAACUGCAUGGACCUCCAGCUGCGUCUUGUGCCUGAUGGCCUGCCAGCCAAUGCUACCGCCAUCCUGCUGGACUACAACAACAUUGCAGUUCUCCAGAACCGCACCUUCAAGGACCAGCAUAUGUUGCGCCGCCUGAGCCUGCACAGCAACAUCAUCGUGAGUGUCCAUCGCCAGGCUCUGGUGGGCCUUGGGGAGCUUCAGGAACUGGACCUCAGUGGAAACUCCCUGACCACCCUGUCACCAGAGACAUUCUUCCCUGUACCAAGUUUGACAGUGCUGAAACUGGGGAACAACAAACUUGUGAGUCUGGACCCUGAGCUUCUGGAGGCCUUGCCCCACCUCCAGACACUGUCUUUGCAUGGUAACGCUUUGACCUCGCUCUCUUCAGCUUUCUUUGAGAACCUACCUGCCUUGUACAGCCUCAAGCUUGAUAACAAUCCUUGGGUGUGCACCUGUGGCAUCCAGCCCCUCUUUCAGUGGCUCACUGAUAAUGUGGAUAAAGUUCCAGAUGCAAAAUCUGUCUCCUGCAAACUCCCAGCUCCAUUUGUCCAGCACCCCAUCAUUGACAUUGAAAACAAAUCUUUUGCUCUCUGCCAUGAGCCCUGGUUGCUGCCACAGGACUAUGCCUUCUUCCUGCUCAUCGGCCCGUCCACUUUCCUUACCAGCAUUUGCCUCUCUGUCCUUGUUGCCUCAAUAGCAGUGGCCUGCACAAAGAUGUGGACAGCGUCACACACGUAUCAGAGGCCCCCGACAACACGUGCCGAGCGCCAGCGUGCUAGUCAUCCUGUCUACAGAUAA